GCCUCCUUGAUAGUAUAAAGUCCCCAACCAUCCCCCACCAUGCGACCGGACCAGAUAAACCGACUCUCACCAUGGCCUCGACCACAGCGCAUCCGUAUUACCCCCCGGGGAUCGAGAUUGCCGGCUAUGUUGCCAACACAUACGACGCGUGGACGCUCGUUGCGAUCUUCGCGGCUGGCUGCGCCGUGAUAUUCUCUAUCACCUCCUUAGCGGUGCUGAAAGCCCGGCCACAAACCCCCCGGGGCGAUCUAUACACCAUCCUCUGGUUUGUCCUCUGCGGCUUCAUCCACUUCAUCUUCGAAGGCUACUACACGCUCAAUUACACGCGCAUGGGCCGCCUAACCACCAUCUUCGGCCAACUCUGGAAAGAAUACUCCCUCUCGGACUCGCGCUACCUCUUCCCCGACGCCUUCGUCCUGAGCAUGGAAACCAUCACCGCGUUCUGCUGGGGCCCGCUCUCCUUCCUGCUUCCCUACCUGAUCACCACCGACCACCACCUCCGGUAUCCCCUCCAGGGCGUCGUCUCGCUGGGCCAACUCUACGGCGACGUGUUGUAUUAUGCGACGGCCGGGUUCGACGAGAGGGUGUUUGGGCGCAGUUAUUCCCGCCCCGAAGCGUCGUAUUUCUGGGGUUAUUUUGUCUUCUGUAAUGCGUUUUGGAUUGUUGUGCCGGCUUGGCUGCUUUGGGAGAGUAUUGUGGUUUCUGGGCGGGCGCAUGCGGCGUUGAAAGAGAAGGAGAACGAGAAGGAGAAGGGUAAGGGGAAGACGAAGAAGGUGGUUCGGAUUGCGACCGGAGGGAGGGAGAGGAAGAAGAAGGCGUGAGCUUGUAC